CUAUGAAGCUCAAGAACUCAUCGGAACAGACGCACUCGGUCGGAUUCGGACUUGACGGCGACUCUCUGAAGAGGCUCUGCAGGUGUUUGCUCACGGCACAUUAACCCUACAGUGCGCACAAGUCAUCUCCCGGCGCACUCCGAAAACCAGUUAUACGCAUGUGAUGUACCAAGAGGCUCCCAGGCAUCAGGUCGCAGCUGGAUGGCGCGCCAACCCUCUGCUCAUGUUCCAGCUGUGCGGCUCACAACCACACAGCAGAAGAGCCACAGUCCCGCCUAUUGGUAGCAGCACAGCAACACCACGGCCUGCACAUGCUUGUUGCGUACGAGCCGCUACGCGUCAUUACCAUAACAAGCUGUGUUGGCUUCUCUGCGAUAUCCAUUCGUCUUUUCAAUCAAAUGAAUUUCUUUACAGACGUGUCCACACUUCCAAGACCGUGCUGGCUUCGCAUACACCCCACACCUUUCCAAGAUCUUGACAUUUUAUCGAGUGCUUCCGGCAAGAUAACACUUGUUUUGUUUUUAUUUCAGUAAACAAGAGGCAGACAGCUGCUGCAGUGGUAGAUUGGGGAAUUCGCGCAUGUGUUAAUUAAUAAACAAAUACAUAUUCAUAACACUACAUGACAAGUAGGCUGGACUAGAGGAAAGUUGCAUUGGUGUUUGAUUAGGUUAAUCAAUUUUAUUACACAUUGAUUACAUAUUUGUUUUAUAUAUUGUACAUACAGCAGCGGCAGCCUAUACCUGUUGCUACAGAGCAGAGUAGCUCCCUUCAUAACGUCACAUGUUGCGUCCAGGUCAUGCGGGAUUAAAUAGGUGAUAACCCUAAACAGCUAAAAGCAUGGCCAAAAUAAUAUAAAAUAUUUAAACACAUUGCUGAUAUGUGGAAAAUGCAGUCAGUUUGAGAACCACAUAAUCACACAACAGAGUGCAAGGACUCGCGGAACAAGCUCUUUCAAAUUGGAGUUGUGAUAUGUCCGAUGGCAUGUAAAGGCAGCAGUGUGUAGUCCUGCCCGACCAGGAAGAAGAGGAGAAUUUGAAGACACGCAGCCUGGUCUUUCCGUGGGAUUCCCCCUCUUUGAAUCACUUUAAUACAGGAAUAGAGGUGAAGAGGCCAAGAAAGGGGGAAAUCUGUUCAUCCCAGUCUACAGCUACAGCAUCUGUUUACCAGAAUGGACAGCCAGGAGGUGGGGGAUUUACUGCAGGAGUGCCUCGGAGCAGUGACAGCAGCUCAACAGUCGACCCAGCCCACUGUGGCAGAGAGGCUUCACUACUGUAGCUGCAGAGACUCGCUGUGUGCAGAGCUGGCCUCUCUCCUGCAGGAGGCAAUGGAUAUGAAAUGGCCUUUUGUGCCAGAGAAGUGGCAGUAUAAGGAGUCAGUCAGUGCCGACGACAAGACCAACCUCAGUGACCUCAUCAGCAAGCACCUAUCUCAGCUCUUGGCCGUUCUAAAGGCUUCCAUCGUGGCUCAGGAGGCACGCACGGCACUGGCGGCGGUCUUCUUAGUCGACCGCUUCCUCUACUGGACAGACGAGUCCAGCCGGCUGCUGAAGAUCACCAAGCUGCUCCACAGACGCCACCCUGACACCCCUGUGGCCCCCCAGCUGGUUAUACGGCAGGCCAGGGUCUACUUUAACUCUGGCAAACUACAGAAGGCAGAAUACAUUCUGAGCAGUCUGAUUAACAACAGCGGAGCCACCGGUUGUUGGGUGUACCACUCCGAAAGUGACAGGGCCCUUGUGCAGGCCGUUAGUGUUCAAGUACGUGGGAUGAUUUUGCAAAAGCUGGGCCUGUGGCUUGAGGCUGCAGAGCUAAUCUGGGUCUCUCUGGUUGGCUACUACGCACUUCCUCAACCUGAUAAAAAGGGCAUUGGAACCUCUCUUGGCAUACUGGCCAACAUAUUGGUGUCUAUGAAUGAUAGGGACUUCCACGCUUUUAGGACUAAUCCAGAUAUUGAUUUGUCUUUACUUGGUGACAGGAGUCAUCGUCUCCUCUCAGCGGCUCACGCAGCAAAGAUGGCGGUGGUGUUCAGCCAGUACACUUCCCUCUAUGUGUUGACCAAUGUGGCAACUCAAGGGACCUGCUUGUUAUCGUACAAUUUCUCAGUGGAGUGCCCUGCCUCUCAACGGCAGUCUUUCCUCCUGCAGGCUAAAGAAGCAUUUUCAAUCGGCCUGCUCACCAAAGCGGAGGGCGAGCUGGUCACCAGCAAGCAGGAGCUUCACACCUUCCUGAAGGCUGCCUAUUCCCUCACUGUCGCCCACAAAUGGCUCGGCACUCCUCCGGAGGUUGUGGCACAGGCAACUCAAGCUUGCCAAAAAGCUUUAGCAAAUUUCUAUGAUUACUGCAAUGCAGAUACUCAAGACAAAGACGGCCUCUGUGCUGAAAUCAUGCAUCUGGUCACCCAAGUCAAGCUUCUGUUAGGAGUGGAGCCUUUCCUUAAUUCAGACAAGGGAUCUUUUAUCCCUGACAGCUACAGAAACAUCAAAGACACAUUGGUGAGUUUCACUCUGAAAGGCUUCGCCAAGGUGAUGCAGAGAUUCCAAAAGUAUCAUGCAUCACUGUGUGAGACAACCAACACAAACUGUAAGAGGACCCAGGACGUGAUAGAUGGGGCGAGGUUGUGUAUAACUGCAAUGGGGACAACCAUUGGUACACUCAACACAGAAUGUAGCACUGAGGCCUGCAAAGCGUCACCCAAAGGAGAGGAGCCACAACAGAAAUACAGUUCAAAAUCAACUGCUGUGCACCCACCUCAGAAGUCUGACCUGUGUACCACUCUAGGAAGCACAGAUAACCUUGGUUCUUCAUGGCAGAACUUCUCCCUGAGCAGUUCAGGGUCUCCUAGGCCCAGCAGCAGCAGCUUCACAGGAAGUAGGGCUGUUGAACGUGAAGCAAAUGCACGUAAUCAGAGCUGUCUGACCACUGACGUUGAUGGUCGGUCAGACAGCAUUCUUCAUUUUGCUGAUGAAAACAAGUCUGCAGUCAGUUCCCAAACUGUCCCGAGAUAUGUAAUACCUGCCACUUCCUCUUCCAAUGCUAGUGGUGAUUCAGAGAAGGUUGAAGUGAUACAAGCUGGAAUAGAGACACUGGGCACUGAGGAGGGUUGGAUGACUGACGGUGUGGCGCCAAGACCGCCAGCAUCUGAGGGAGCAGCACAAUCUUUAUCCCAGCUAGUUCUCGGAACAACCUCCAGCUCACUCAAUGACAGUUUUGGUUCCCAGUCGUCAUGGGAGAAAAUUACAACUGACCUGAACUCUCCCACAAUCAGAAAACCUCAGCCAAGCAGCCUAUCAAAAGCAGGAACCAGCCAAAGCAGCAAGUCACCAGAGUCUGAUAGGAGCUUCUUCCUCUUGGAAACCCUUGAUUCGGAAACCAAUGAUUCAGCUCAUGAUCCCACGCACAAAAAACAGACAUCUGGAGGGGAAUCCGGAGACUUGUUCAAGCCACGACCUCUAGAGAGCCUUAAUGUUAACCCAAAUAUGCACACUGAAGUUGACUCAGUAUCUGUAAAACCCACUACCAAGAACUCUUCAGCAACCACAGUUUCCCAGUUUGCACCAGAACAGUGUGCUUCCACUGAAACCUCCACAGGGAGUUCAUUUGAGAUGCUGGAGGAGCAUCAAAGUGGAGACCAACACAGUGAAGUAACUUCAUCAGAAAACAUAAUUGCCCCUCAAAUGAAGAACCCCUUGUGCUACAGCUGCCUGAAGCACAGCACUGUAGCUGAAGUGGUCCCAGAGACUCCCUAUUUGUUAUCACAGCAGGAUUACCAAGCCCUACUGGCUGGAGUUUGCCAUGAAUGUCUGCUGAAGAGACUUCAUAGUGACGAAACACAAUUCAAACUUAAGACACACAGAACUGCCCACAGUGCUCUUCAUUUAAAGUUCUCCAAAGCCACAGGACUGUGGACAGCCAGGGAGACCUGUGCUUACAUCGGGAAGCCGAUGGGGAUGGAGGGAACGCAGAGAGCGGCAAUAUGGGUGCAGUUUUUACACCAGGAGGAAAGGUUAAGCAGUUAUGUGGGGAAAGACUACUUGAAGCCUAAGGAGAUCCAGUUUCACCUGAAAGAUGUGGAGAGACAGAUGACAGCCCAGCACUAUGUGACUGCGUUCAACAAGAGUCUGUACGACAAGGAAGUGAUGGCUCAGAUCUUCUUCAUUCCCUCGGAAGCACUGUUGAUUCUGAAUGGAAAUCAGAUUGCGGGCUGUGUAACAGUUGAGCCCUACAUGCUUGGAGACUUUGUCAAACUGACCAACAACACAGGAAAGAAGGACAAGCGUUUCCAGGCUACAGAAUAUGGCCUCGCCUUCGGACACUUUACCUACCUGCUCUCUGACUACCAGGAAGUUGUUGUAGACCUGCAAGGCUGGGUGACAGCCAAUGGCAAAGGGCUGACUUACCUCACUGACCCCCAGAUUCACUCCACCAAGACCCCCAAAGGCCCCUCCAACUUCGCUGCCAGAGGCCUCAGGUACUUCCUGGAAGAGCAACAUGGACCAGAGUGCAAUGGCAUUUGCCAGCUGCUCCAACUACCUCCAGUGCUGCCUCAGAAACUUUGAGGAGUUGCCGAUGUUAAGUGUUUUUAUGGGAGUGUUUGUAUUCAGAAUUAAAUGAUCAAUCAAGGUUCUGUAUUUUUCUUAUAGCAACAACAUAGCAGUCCAGCACCAUUGCGAUAAUGUAGUAGUGUAGGAAAGUAAAAUCCAACAAAAGUAUGAAAAUAGUUUAAAGUUAAAUUACAUUCUAUCUGAGGUGCUAAAUGUAUAAAAGUUAUUGGUAUGUUAUUAAAAAUGACAUUUUAUGAUGUACAGCCACAGAAUAGCAAUUAGGCUAGUUUCCACUGCAAUAAAUAACAUAAAAUACCUACUUGUUUGUUUUGCUUUGGAGUGCAGGAACCACCUGUGACUGCACGAGACAAAUAUUGUUAAGUGUAAAGCUCGUGCUUUAUGAAAAGUUUCCAUCAUCAGCACUGGGGAUCAGAUCUUGCAUCGCCCCCAUUCACACCCUGGCGUUAUUACAUUUUUGCUUUAAUAACAGAUGGAAAAUGACCAUGCAAACAUUCCAACAUGAGUAGUAACUUUCAAAAUGUAUGUAAAAUGAAAGCAAGCUACAAAUGAAUGAGAUGCAGCCAUCUUUUUUUCAUUGACAUACAAUGGUUCAAAGUUUCCGAUUAUGUAAGUAUAUUUUGAGAUUCUGCUCUUUUCACCUUCAAACCUAUCACACUGGUGCCUGAGAAUAGGAACACAACCAGGUUCAUGUAGCCAGUGUUGGUAAUGUGUGAUAAAAUGUAUUAUGACCUUGUUAUACAUACAGCAAAACCGCAUGACGACUGCAGAUUGCCUUUACUGUAUGACCUUAACUUUACUGUGGAACUCAAAUGCAUGUGUAAAUAUUGAAUCAAAUGAAAAAUACAAAAAUCUAUAAAGUAAUGCUUUUGUUAGAUACAGUAUGUACUAGACGGAUUGUAGGACCAGCAGGUGCUCUAAUUGCAACAGUCACACACCUCCACAUCAUAUGACCGUGAUGUCAUUCUUGGAGCUGUUAGCACCCUUGAGCAUCCCUCUCCAGUCAGCUGAAAGUCCAGUUCUGGGUUUACAAGCCUCCAUCUGAACACGAACAUGACCUCGCAGUCACAUGAUCUUCAUGAAAUAAAAAUAUUAUAUUGAGAUGUUGUGUAUUUUUGCUUGCUGUGCUCAGCUAAAUGUACUGCACUA